UUAGAUACUUUUGAAUUAUCUUUAUAGAGUAUUUCACGAAAUUUUGGUGACAAUGAACGAGGAUUGGAGAGAGUAUAUUACCGCCAGCUCACGCAUGUAUCCGAUGAUAAUUUAUGCCAAUCUGUCACGUCGGUACUCUAACAUUUUAAUGUCCAUCAACGCUUCAGCCGCUGUCUUCUAUGCUCUCGGAGGUCUCGUUCGACGCUCCACAAAGAACGAGGAUGAUCCUCGUGGGACCAGAUUCGAUCUUCCUGUCAAAAUGGAAUUACCUUUUGAAGUUAAUGAAUCUCCCAUCUUUGAGAUCACGGCAAUAGUUCAGUUUCUCCACGAAUUGUCUCUCUCUUCUCUAGUCGCGAUGAUAAAUUCUUUAGUCGUUACAUUGAUCCUUCAUGUGAGCGGUCAGAUUGAUAUAAUACGACAAGGUUUGACGCAAGUCUCUUCGAAAAGCUACCAAAGUUCUUCGUUUCUACCGGAAAUUAAAGUUCUUAUUUUAAAGCAUCAGAGAAUUAUUUCAUUGUCUGACAAUAUCGAAGACCUCUUCUCCUGGAUUGCACUGAUGCAGUUUUUGUCUAAUACCUUAGUAAUUUGUUGUCUAGGAUGCAUGAUUAUUAUCACUAUCGGUAGCAAUCAAGGGGCAAUAAUAUUAACGAAAAGCAUCUUAUUUUACGUCGCAAUUACGCUGGAAGCGUUUGUUUUCUGCUUCGCCGGGGAAUAUCUUAGCGCGAAGAGCAAAUCGAUCGCAGAUGCUGUCUACGAGUCCGUCUGGUAUAAUAUGACGCCUAGCCAAUGUCGAACUCUUCUGCUUGUGAUUGUGAGGUCGCAAAAAAGAUUGACGAUCACGGCCGGGAAGGUGAUAGAUCUUUCUCUAGAGGGAUUCACCAGCGUCAUGAAAGCUUCUGCUUCGUACAUAUCGGUGUUGCAUGCGAUGUAUUAAGAAAUUAAGGCCCGGAUAUGGAUAUGAAUGGCAGGCAUAUUGCUCACUCGAUGAAACUGAUCGUAGGAAGACGUAGAGAAAAUUACGCGCAAAAAUUACUCGUUCCCUAAAAA